AGGAAUUCUGAUUUCCAUAUAGAGGCCAUCGAAAUUUUUUAUUCGUCUCACUAUCACCCCUUUUUUUCUUCCACUCCUCUUCUCCCUUCCCUCGACACCCAAUCCCCACCCAUGGCCGCACCCAACGCCACCACCACCCUCCACGUCAUCGCCGUCCCCUACCCCGGCCGCGGCCACGUCAACCCCAUGCUCAUACUCUCGCGUCUCCUCGCCGCCCGCCUCCCCCCUCCUGCCGUCGUCACCGUCGUCCUUACGGAGGAAUGGCUCUCCCUCGUCGGCGGCCCCGCCGCCGCGCCCCCGGGCGUUCGCUUUCACACGCUUCCGAACGUCAUCCCCUCCGAGAACGGCCGCGCCGCUGACAUAGUCAAAUUUAUGGAGGCCGUUUACACGAAGCUGGAAGAGCCCUUCGAGAAGCUGCUAGAUGAGUUGGACACGCCGGCGACGGCGAUCGUUGCGGACACGUACUUGCCGUGGGUGGUGGAUGUUGGGAAGAGGAGGGGCGUUCCGGUCUGCUCCUUGUAUACUAUGUCGGCGAGCUUCUUCUCCGCGCUUCUAAACUAUGACCGGCUGCCGGGAGAGACAGAACUUGCAAAAGCAGAAGGCGAACUCCUAUCAAAAUACAUUCCUGGCCAUGGCUCUAUUCGCCUCUCCGAUCUCAGUUCAUUUCAAUGCCUUCACAAGCCACUUGAACUCGCCUUACAAGCCGUCUCAAAAUCAACAGAAGCACAAUGCCUCCUCUUCACCAGUGCCUAUGAGCUCGAGCCUCACAUCAUCAGCUCUCUACGUUCUCAGCUCUCUUCCCAAGUCCUCCCCAUAGGCCCAAUCAUCCCUUACUUAACCCUCCAACAAACCAAUCUCAAAACCCCCUCUCAUGAUGAUGAUGAUGAUGAUGACUGCCUUACCUUUCUCAACUCGCAACCUCAAAGCUCAGUGCUUUAUGUCUCAUUAGGUAGCUUCUUGCCGGUUUCAAGAUCUCAGAUGGAUGAAAUUGCUUUUGGUUUGCAAGAAAGCAAUGUCAAGUUCUUGUGGGUUGCGAGAGAUGAGUCGUCGAGGUUACGGGAGAUGAUCGUCGGUGGCGGUGGUGAUAGCAACGGAAUGGUGGUGACAUGGUGUGAUCAAUUGAAGGUGCUUUGCCACCCUUCUAUUGGCGGGUUUUUGACGCACUGUGGGUGGAAUUCGACGAUGGAAGGGAUUUUUGCUGGCGUGCCCAUGCUUAUUUUUCCGAUAGUAGUUGAUCAACCACCGAAUGGGCGGCUUGUUGUUGAUGAGUGGGAGGCGGGGGUGUGGUUGAGAGAGGAUGCGAAGAGUGUUGAGGUGGUUGGGAGGAAAAAGGUUGCUGAAUUGGUGAAGAGGGUGAUGGAUUUGGAAGGGGAUGAGAGUAGGGAGAUGAGGAAGAGGGUUGUGAUGCUUAGAGAGGCUUGUAGGAGUGCGGUUGAAGAGGGUGGGUCUUCCACUGUUAAUCUCAAUGACUUCGUUGAGUUUCUCAUACAUGCAAAAGAAGAUACUGCCAAGAUAUUCUGAGUGAAAAUUUAUUCGGGAGAAGAGAUUUUAUUUUUCUUCCGAACUCUAAGAAUUGAAUUGUAGCAGCUUGAUAAAAUUUAUCUUGUAUCUGGACUAAGAUUUAGCUCAGUAUCCCAAGGAGCUAUUUUUUCACUUGCAGAUUGAAUGUCCAUUGCUAGUUAAGAUAAGUAUGUUGCUUUAUAAGAAGUUGAGUUGUAUAUGAACAGUUUCUAUUCUAUAUAUAUUGCUGAUUGUCUGUUUUCUUAA